AUGGUUUAUCUAUAUAUUCUUAUAGGAAUUAUACUUAUAGCUUAUUGUAGUUUAUUGUUUGUUUUUGUUGUGUAUGGUUCUACAUCAAAGAAAAAGACAACAGGUUUAGAAAUUAAUGAUUGUGUUAAUAUUAGUAGUGCAACAAAAAAUGAAAAACUAUUUCCUCAAGAAACCUCUGAAAGUAUAGACAUCAUCAUUGUAGGAGCUGGUGUUGCUGGUUCAGCCCUUGCUUACACACUCGGAAAGGAUGGAAGAAGAGUGCACGUUAUUGAGAGAGAUUUAAGUGAACCUGACAGAAUUGUCGGUGAAUUGCUACAACCCGGAGGUUAUUUAAAAUUAGUUGAAUUAGGUCUUGAAGAUUGUGUAGAAGAAAUUGAUGCUCAAAAAGUCUUUGGCUAUGCUCUUUAUAAAGAUGGAAAAAAUACCAAACUUUCUUAUCCCUUGAAAAAAUAUAAUGUUGAUAUUUCUGGAAGAAGCUUUCACAAUGGUCGUUUCAUACAAAGAAUGCGAGAGAAGGCUUCAUCUCUUUCAAAUGUAAGAUUAGAACAAGGUACUGUCACAUCUUUAAUAGAAGAAAAAGGAACCAUCAAAGGGGUAUACUACAAAACCAAAAGUGGAUUAGAGAUCAAAGCAAAUGCUCCACUUACCAUAGUAUGUGAUGGUUGUUUUUCCAACUUAAGACGUUCUCUUUGCAACUCAAAGGUUGAUGUACCAUCUCAUUUUAUUGGUUUCAUAUUAGAGAAAUGUGAUCUUCCAUAUGCAAACCAUGGACAUGUUAUCUUAGGUGAUCCUUCUUCCAUUUUGUUCUAUCCAAUCAGUAGCACUGAGAUUCGAUGUUUAGUUGAUGUACCUGCUACAAUCUUACCUUCUAUUGGUAAUGGCGACAUGACACGUUAUCUCAAAACAGUGGUAACACCCCAGAUUCCACCGGAGCUACGACGUUCUUUUGUCGAAGCAAUUGAUAAAGGAAACAUAAGAAGCAUGCCAAAUAAAAGCAUGACAACAUGUCCAUAUCCUAAACCAGGUGCUCUUCUAAUAGGAGAUGCUUUGAAUAUGCGCCACCCUUUAACCGGAGGAGGAAUGACCGUGGCUUUGUCUGAUAUUGUUUUGCUAAGGGAUCUUCUUAGACCUCUACAUGAUUUACAUCAUGCUUCAGCACAUUGCAAAUAUCUUGAAUCAUUUUACAUUUUGCGCAAGCCAGCAGCAUCUACAAUAAACGCAUUAGCUGGUGCAUUGUACAAGGUGUUUUGUGUAUCCACUGAUUCAUCUAGUAAAGAAAUGAGACAAGCAUGUUUUGGUUAUUUGAGCCUUGGAGGAGUUUUUUCAAAUGGACCAAUAGCUCUACUCUCUGGCCUUAAUCCUCGUCCGUUAAUUUUGCUUCUUCAUUUCUUUGGCGUAGCUAUAUAUGGGGUUGCUCGCUUACUCUCACCAUUUCCUUCUCCUAGACGGAUUUGGAUUGGAGUUAGAUUGAUUUUGGGUGCAUUAGGUAUCAUUGUUCCAAUUAUCAAGGCUGAAGGAGUUAGACAAAUGUUCUUCCCAUUCACUAUGCCCCGAUACUACAAAACACCUCCUACAAAGUUUUCAUAA